CCCCCCACCACAUCGAACUGUGCGCGCGCUGCGCGGUCGGUCGCUCCCCUCCUCUGUCCGCGAUCUCGGCUGGCCGCCUGGGCUUGGCCCUCGCCACCGCUCCCGUCUCCGGUUCCGGCGGCCGAGCCAGGUUUGCUCGGGUCUUCGUGCCAGCGACGAUGAAGGACAAGCGUGGGCUCGAGGACGCCGGCGACGGGCGCCCUGAUGCCAAGAGGCCGCGGCCUCCGGCUCUGGCCAGUGUUAUUGUUGAAGCGUUAAAGGUGGAUAGUCUGCAGAGGCUCUGCUCAUCAUUGGAACCAAUUCUUCGUAGAGUAGUCAGUGAAGAAGUGGAGCGCGCACUGGGCAAACUUGGCCCUGCAACAAUCGGUGGAAGGCCUUCCCCAAAGCGAAUUGAAGGUCCAAAUGGAAGAACUCUGCAACUCGAAUUCCGAACAAGGCUGUCACUUCCCCUUUUUACUGGAGGAAAAGUUGAAGGGGAGCAGGGAGCUGCAAUUCAUGUUGUUUUGUUUGAUGCUGGCACUGGCUGUGUUGUAUCCUCUGGACCAGAGUCGUCUGCCAAACUUGACAUCGUUGUUCUAGAAGGUGAUUUCAACAAUGAAGAUGAGGAGGGCUGGACCGGAGAAGAGUUUGACAGUCACGUUGUGAAGGAGCGUGAGGGAAAGCGGCCUAUUUUAACUGGUGAUCUACAAGUCACACUAAAAGAAGGUGUGGGGACAGUUGGGGAGCUUACAUUCACAGAUAACUCUAGCUGGAUAAGGAGUAGGAAAUUCAGACUUGGCUUGAAGAUUGCCUCAGGAUUUUGUGAGGGUGUUCGCAUUCGUGAGGCAAAAACAGAAGCCUUUAUGGUUAAGGACCAUAGAGGAGAAUUGUACAAGAAGCACUAUCCACCUACACUGAAAGAUGAGGUCUGGAGGUUGGAAAAAAUAGGGAAGGAUGGGUCAUUCCAUAAGAGGCUGAACAAAUCUGGAAUAUCUACAGUUGAGGAUUUCCUUAGGCUUGUGGUUCGGGAUCCACAGAAAUUACGCAGUAUACUUGGAAGUGGUAUGUCCAACAAAAUGUGGGAAACCCUUGUGGAGCAUGCAAAGACUUGUACCUUAAGUGGAAAAUAUUACAUAUACUAUUCUGAUGAGACUAGAAGUAUUGGUGCUAUUUUCAACAACAUCUAUGCAUUCUGUGGGUUGAUUUCUGGCGAGCAGUUUUAUUCAUCUGAGAGUCUUGAUGAUAGCCAAAAGCUGUUUGCUGAUGCAUUGGUAAAGAAAGCAUACGAUAACUGGAUGUAUGUCAUUGAAUAUGAUGGCAAAGGUCUUUUGAACCCUAAACCAAAGAAAAAGUCUGCAUCCACUGGUCAAGUGGAGACACAUGCUCCUGCGGGUGGCCCGACUUCAUAUCAACAAUACCUCUCUUCGAUGAGCAUGCCAGGGCCAUCACCAUCAGGUGGAACUGAUUCUGCAGGGUAUGGCGUCGACCAAAGCGCAACACAUCCAUCUCAGCUGCAGAGUUCAUCCGCCAAUGUCCAGGCACCAUAUGAUGACACAUUUUCGUUCUUACCACCUAACAUGCUGACAGGGUCUGCAAAUGAUGCCAUGGGUCUGGAACUGGGCCAGUUGCAGCAAGUAACUUCUCAAGGCCAGACAAUUCAGCCAGCAAACGUGGGAUAUGGUGAUUGGCCCAGGAACCGUGACAGUCAGUAUCCUGAUGACUUCACUGAGGACAUUCGCGUUAAGAGCCACCAGUUGCUCGAGGGCGAGGACAUGCAGCAGCUGCUGAGGGUCUUCAGCAUGGGUGGAGCUUCUGGCAGUUUGCCAGACGACACCUUCAAUUUCCAGUCCUACAUGCCCUCUCCGUUGCCCAACCUCGGGUUCGAAACUGAGCGUAGCCAUUCGUCUGGCAAAGCUGUUGUUGGCUGGCUCAAGAUCAAGGCGGCGAUGAGGUGGGGAAUCUUCGUCAGGAAGAAAGCUGCCGAGAGAAGGGCGCAGCUAGUCGAACUGGAGGAUUGACACCGUGGCUUUACAAUGGUCAAGGUUGCCUUGUAGAUUACUAGUAGUUAUCUGCCCCCAUACCUUCCUGUUACCGUUUAAACAAGUUUCUGAAACUCUUUUCUGAAAUGUACAACGAGUAGUUCUACUAUUUUCUUGUACAGAAUUCACCUUGUUUUGAUUGUGUUAGUUGUGGAACAUUGCUCUGCUAAGUUUGACACAUGACUGGACCCGUAUGCUUGUGUAUCUUAUUUUCCAUAGCUCUUCAGUGCAGAAUGUACCGCAACGAUGCGAAUUAAUCCAAAGAUUAUGUGUACAUGUU